AUGUCUUUGCCAUCAGCCAUCCGUCUACCAGAUGAUGACAAUAAUGAACCUCCCCGUCGUCAUCUCGGCUUCUCGGGUUGCUUUUCGUGCCUACCUUCAUUCAACUCUCCCAUCCGUCUACCCGAUGACGAUCCAAAACCUUCUAACAUUGCCAAUUACUCUCCAAUAAUUCCACCUCAACAAGAUCAACCCGACCAUGCUUUCCACCGACUCUCUGCAGAGCCCAACCGUUACUUAUCCCGAAAUCCCUUUGGAGCUCAGGAACAAGAACCACCUUCCGUCAAGUGUUUGACAGUGCAAGACUCUACACCAAAUGUUGUCGAGGCUGAAGAAGUAUUUGGUGAACAAGAACUUAUGGAUGUACCAAUAUCUACAAACCGCCAUGCGUAUGAUAAUGAGCCAGACUGGACAGAAAUGGACCAAGACCUCUUUAACAGCGAACCAUCUUCACCGUUGGCCGCACCUGCAGCUCAACUGCAGUUCUCCGACAAAGGUUCAGCAAGAGAAUUAUCAGCUGUUGUCCCCUUGCCUGGUGUGAUGUUUGAGCAAGUCGAUCUAAGCACGUCCAGACAAAAUGCCCAAAUUGAGGCACUUGUUGACGAGACACCCGCUAAAGAAGCGGCACCGCCUCUUCCUCUGACCGAAGCAUCACUGCCGAUCUCAGUGCCUUUAAAAAAACAAGAUGAACCUCUAGAAACACACCGCUCAACCGUGUCAUCUGUGGCACAUUCUAUACUAGGAGACAAAUUGGAAGAUCUUACAGAAAAAUUGGCUUAUAUCCGCAAGAAUAUCAUAAUGAAAGUAGAAGACGACGAAGACUGGGAUGAACCCCAAGAUAGUCCAGCCAUUUCCCAUUCAUCUCCAUUAGGGUAUCCUGUCACACCAAGUAUGAGUAUACAGAAAAAUACCCAGCCAAGAAGACCUUCAUAUGAUCCCCUCACAUCUUUCUUUAGUAAAUCGCCCGAUACCACAACGUCUAGAUCAAUAGACCCCGAGCCAUCCGUACCACGCCCUCGUCUCCAUCGUAGAUCGAGUUCACUUCUCGAUGAGGUUGGUCCCACAAUUGCACGUUUUAUGCACCAAAUAGGUGGCGAAGAAGGACAUUCAUUUUCUCCAUCCUCCUUCUUUGCUGCGCUGGCUGGUCCAUCGCCAUCAGAGGACACCGACAGAGAAGGAGACGAAUCUAAACAGGCACACGGUCGACCACAUAUGAAAUCAAGACCUUCAGAUAUGGCAGCUCAUUACCCAACAUUGGAAGAAGAGAGUGGAGCAGAAGACGAUUUUGAAGACCUUUUUGACUUUAGCAAGGUUAUUGAGAUGGGAAAGAACGUCCGUACAUUCACAGAUGAUGUUGUGGACAGUGGGAUGCGUAUUAUAAAUGAUGUCACUAGCCGUAUAAAACACCCAGAACAACAUUCUGAUUCUCAAGAAGAUCAUAACGCAUGGAUGCUUGAAAAUGAAUCAUUCAUAUAG